ACAUGCUGAGUCUGCGUGUUUUGUUUCUCUGUCUGGCCCCAGGCUGUCAGAGCGAUUAGCGUUAAUUGUUCUUCCCUUUGUGGUUAAACAUUGUGUUGGGGAAAUUGCCAGAUAUGCCCUAGGCUACCUACAGCCCUCAUUGCCUACUUUCUCACUUCCCUGACACCUGUGCCCAUCAUGUGUGCAUGUGUUGCCAUGCCUUGCCCUGCCCUCCUCCCUGUCACGCAGAUCCUCACGCACAGUGCAGUGGGCAUCCUCAAUCCCUAUGCAGCCAACAAUCCAGGCUCCUCCUCACCAGACCUUCUCUGUCUCUACAGCAGGGAAGCUACUCCUUCCCAACAGAAUAGUAGCUCUGAGUAUCCAGAUGGGGACACUGAGUCACAGAACCUGGGAGUCCUAAGUAUUCAUGGGUACCACCAAGUGGGAUAGAAUGAAAGCCCCUGAAAGGAAAGGAGGAAGAGACACAACCAGAGGAGGGGCACAGGCCCCACCCCUCCUCGCCAUCAGGUGGUCCUACUCUGCCCUGCCUGGUCCAGUACCUAGUAUCUCCUGAUACCCUCAUCUCCGUCUUUCUUCUCUUAGACUAAGGGCCAAGGGCUUCACACUGUCCCUGUGCCCAGGGGUGACCCAUUUUGGACUGAACUGAACACCCAGAGACCCAGGUAUCCUGCCUCCUGUCACUCCCAGGCCGACUCUGGAGUCUCAGAGCCCUGUUUUUCAUCGCAGGAAUAAAGAUCCCUCCCCUACCACCACCACACAUACACAAGAGCUGAAUAGAAGCUGAGGUGGUUAUGCCAUUAUGCCACCUUGCCAGGCUUCUCCAAGUGCCCCCAGGCCUGCUCCUUCCUCCCCCAGUGUCCGUGAGUGCCUACCUGUCAUGCUCCCAACUUCUCCCCUAAAAGGUCAGUAUAUAAUGAUUCUUACCCCUUCCCCUCUGCUUCAGUGUCCUAAGUUGGUCGGACCUUUGACAGGGCUCCACCUGGGGCCAGCUUGGAAGGAGAGGGAGGAAGGAAGGAAGGAAGGUGUGAGGAAGCCAUGAGCAGAGCACAGAAUGAUCUGGGAGGGAAGGGGCUGACUUCCUGGCAGCCUCGGCUCCGGUUCCCGGUUCCUGCCCUGGUAUCCUGUCCCAAGAAUGGCCUCACCCAGGCUGCCUGGUGUUCCCUGGGCAGCCUCUGCACUGCUCCUGAGAUCUGGAGGACUCUUCAGAGCAAGGCGGCAGGAGGCUUGCCAUAGGCCCCUUAGGGAUUCUUAAUCUUGGUGAGGAAAGUGACAUGGAGGCUGAAGGAGCCAAACUUCUGCCAAGGCCCAGCAUGGCCAGGCCACCCCAGGGACAAUGAUCAGUGAGACUUGAGAGCCAUGGAAAGAGAUUCCACCUCCUUGCAUCCCCCAAACUAUCCUGUUCUUGCCUCAAAUGUGAUCUCUCCAGGGAGGGAGGCAACCCAGCUGCCUUUUCCUGCUCCCUCAAGGAGCCUUACUCCUGUUUUGUGUCCGUGUGUGUUCUUACAACUCCCCACACACUCUCCCAUCCACUGGUGUCAUUGUCCUGACGACUGAGGUAGAGGCACCCAGAACAGAGGUUGCCAUGGUAACUGCUGAGCUGAGGCAGCAACCUUCUCCUGGACUCCGUGCUCCCUGCCCCCUCCCCCAAGGAUUCCUCAUUUGCAGCCUGGACUCUCCCAGCCUCAGCGCUCUUCCUCCUGUAGGAUCCCGUCACCCCUUCCUUUUCUCUGGAUGUGAGCCUGUGGUUAUCUUCCACCUUACACACACUCUGAGCUGGUUCAGACACCUCCCCCCACUGAACCAGGCACUGCCUCCUCCCAUACCUGUGCCCAUACCCAGGGGUGGGCAUCCACAGUGGCACCUGGCGUGCACACACUUCCCUCUGCCACUCCAACAUGCCCACCCCAUUUCUCCUUGUAUCUGUUUCACUCUUAGAAAGCUCCUACCCACCAAUGUGGGUGAUUAUCUACACACAUUAAUCCCUUCCCUCCCACCUCCCUAUAAAACUGUUUUAGAGUCACAGCCCCAAGCCUUACCUCCUCCCAGGAGAUUCAUACACACACACAUUUCCUCCCACCAGAUCUUCCGUGUGAAAGCAAGGCAGGAUGACCCUAAAUUCUGGCCCAUCUUCCAGCUGAGGGCUUGGUCCCACUGCCUCCUCCACUGGGGCAGGGUCUCCUUGGGGGCAUCCUGCCUCCUCCCGUGCUGCCCCUUCCUUUUCAGCCCUCACACCCCUGCCUCCAUUGAUCUCAUCCCUGGAUGCCCUCCCUCGUCCCUGUGCCCUCAGCCUCGGAUUAUCAGUGGAGGGGGCAGCUGGGCUCGAGUCUGCUGCCGUGACCUAGAUUUCAAAGCAGAGAGAGUUCCUGGUGCUGACAGUCAGAGAGCAUUGUUCCUGGCCCAGCCUGGCAGGGCCACUGCUGGGUCCUUCUGUCUGGUUGCACCUGGGUGUGCAAGGAAGUGUGCCUCCAAGUGCCUGUUGCUUGUGGGGGUGGUGCUGGCCCUGCUGUCUGGCUCAUUGUGUAUUUGUUCCACACUGCCUGCCACCAAGGGAGGCUUGUUCUGGUGCAAGUAGAGGGCUGGGAAUAGGGACUUCUGUAUGCCAUGCCUCUGUGCCUCAGUUUCCCUGCAUAUAAGCCAGAAAUAAGGAAAAUACGGGGUGUCAACCAGCCCCCUUUAAUCUGCCACAUUCUCAGCCCAUUGUUGGUGUGAUUUGUGGGUGGUCUCAGUCAAGUACAAGGUCAUUUUCGUCUCACUCCUUGGUCUAGCCAGUGUUUAUGACAAUUUACUUUUAAGAAUGCUUUACUUUUCUGAUUAUAAAAUAUAUACUCAUUGUGGGGGAAAAGUCCCCUUUUUGAGAGUCACAUUUUAUCAAAUCCAGAAAGUUCAUUGUAAGGUCUGACCUUUCUUCCUGUCUUAUCCACAGUUCCUAUCUUAGUGAGUAGGAGGGCCUUGAAUGUUCUCUACCUUUCACCCACGGAUCUUCAUGGAAGAGGGGUGGGUAAAGGCUAAGGAGAUCUAGCCUUGCCCAGCCCCUUUUGGGAGGCCUUGCUGAAGGUUGUGCCAGCCGGAUGUUGAUGCAAGCAGGAAUGGCAGCCCCCUUCCUGCCACUCUCCCAGUGAUACAUCUAAACCCCUUCCCCCUGCCACCCAGCCAGCCUGGGAACUGGGCAGGGGGCCAGAGCCAGCCGCUUGGUAUUCUUGGGCGCUGGGGCUGAAGGCACAGCACAAAGGCUAGGAGAGAGGGCUGUGUGGAGGACCAGCAGCAAUCAAGGGAGAAAAUGAGCUCCACAAAAGGUGGGGGUGGCCAGUUGCUUCCCCCCUCCCCGUGCCUACACCUUGAACCCUAAUGACAGAAUACAGGGCUGAGCAAAAGAGGGGUCAGGGAACCAUUAGACCAAGCAACCAGGCAUCCAUCCAAAAUGAGUCAUUCAUAGGGUGGUGGGGAGUUGAGGGACCCCUUUGCUUCUGGGGGAAAAUGGAAGCUGGACCACCAGAUCCAGCCAACCAUCUCCAGCCCCUUCUGUUUAGCUUCUCACUGUCACAGCAAGCCUAUCCCUGUGGUCAUUGUUUUGGAGUUUUUGUUUUGGUUUGUGUGUUUUUUAUGGGUUGCAGGUGGGUGAGGUGAUUCUGGGGGGGACUUGGAAGCAGCUGGUGAGAAGCUCCAGCGCAGGUUGCCAUGGUAACCGCCUCCUCAGUCUGGGGAGCUGUUGCCAGGGUUACUGUCAGAAGGGUAAAAUGAAGAAAAAAGAUGGUGUGUGUGGGGGAAGCAGUGUAACUUCUCCAGGCUCCAGCCUGGUUCCUAGCUCCAGAAUAUCUUCCUGUCUGCUCCCCCCUCCUGUCUUUUCUUCUCUCAGCCCUGGCCCUCCCCAACCUCCAUGUUCUAGGCACUUGCCUGGUAGGGUGGGAGGGAGUAGGAAGUGCUGGUGAGUAAACCAGAUUCCACACUUCAAGCUUAGCCUCC